GGCACCAUAAAUACCCCGGCGGCCGCUCGCCCGCGCACUCUGCCGGGGCUUCCCGGUGCCGGAGUCAUGCGAGCUGCCGCGCUGGGGCUGGCGCUCCGGGCGCUCUGGGCUCUGGCCCUCUCCUCCCUCUCCAACACCCUGGCCGUGAACAACAGCGGGCGGUGGUGGGGCAUCAUCAACGUGGCCUCGUCCACCAACCUGCUGACUGACUCCAAGAACGUGCAGCUGGUGCUGGACCCCAGCCUGCAGCUGCUGAGCCGCAAGCAGCGCAAGCUGAUCCGCCAGAACCCCGGCAUCCUGCACAGCGUCAGCUCCGGCCUCCAGACUGCCAUCAAGGAGUGCAAGUGGCAGUUCCGCAACCGCCGCUGGAACUGCCCAACCUCCCAGGGCCCCAACAUCUUCGGCAAAAUCGUCAACCGGGGCUGUCGGGAGACGGCGUUCAUCUUUGCCAUCACCAGCGCCGGUGUGACGCACUCGGUGGCCCGGUCCUGCUCGGAGGGCUCCAUCGAGUCCUGCACCUGCGACUACCGGCGCCGCGGCCCCGGGGGGCCUGACUGGCACUGGGGGGGCUGCAGCGACAACAUUGACUUCGGGCGCCUCUUUGGGAGGGAGUUUGUGGACUCCAGUGAGAAGGGCCGUGACCUGCGCUUCCUCAUGAACCUGCACAACAACGAGGCCGGGCGCAUGACAGUCUUCUCGGAGAUGCGCCAGGAGUGCAAGUGCCACGGCAUGUCGGGCUCCUGCACCGUCCGCACAUGCUGGAUGCGGCUGCCCACAUUCCGCGCUGUGGGCGACGUCCUGAAGGACCGUUUCGAUGGCGCCUCCCGCGUCAUCUACGGCAACAAGGGCAGCAACCGGGCGUCGCGGGUGGAGCUGCAUCACCUGGAGCCUGAGAACCCGGCCCACAAACCCCCCUCGCCCCAUGACCUUGUCUACUUCGAGAAGUCACCCAAUUUCUGCACCUACAGUGGGAAGACGGGGACGGCGGGCACGGCCGGGCGCUUCUGCAACAGCUCCUCGCCGGGGCUGGAUGGGUGCGAGCUGCUGUGCUGCGGGCGCGGGUACCGUACGCGCACCCAGCGCAUCACUGAGCGCUGCAACUGCACCUUCCACUGGUGCUGCCACGUCAGCUGCCUGAACUGCACCAACACGCAGGUGCUGCACGAGUGCCUGUGAGCCCCCAGGGACCACCCUGCCCAGCCCCAGAGGGGGUCUGCGCCACCCCCCAUGACGGGUGCCUGGCUGGAUUGAAGGCGCCCAUGGGUGGACACGUGGCUGUGCCCCAGGGAGCCCCCGUCCCACCCUGGGCAGAGUGGCCGCCCCGGAGCCAGUAGCUGGCCUGGGUGUGCUCGGUGCCACGCACCUUCCAGCCACCCCUUGGCUGCUCCAGCUCCGUGGGGUCCCCUUCUCACUGUAAAUAAAAUAUUUAUUGCGGACGGUUUGAUGCCGCUCCCCCACCCCCAUGCUUUGCUGGCCCCAGGCCCAGUU